AACCAGCUUUAGCAAGAAGACACCGUGUGAGCAGCCUGCGUUGAAGUACAACUACACCAGAAAUACAUUACAGAGAAAAAAUGCGGCAUGAAUAAAAGUCAACGGUACCUUGAGGAAAGAAGUAUAAUAUUAAAUUGUGUAAAGGGUGAAACAGAAGAUGCAAUUACACAGAAAAAUUGAGGUAGAUCCAGUUAAGCUUCACUUAGAAUGCAGAAACCACUUGCCAUAUUAGCAAGCGCACUCCAAUAGCCUUAAUUACUAAAGUAAUCUGAGCCAUUCUCCUGCCUGAUCUUGAGCCAGCUUGAAAGGCUCUGAGCAGUGGCACGUGUAAAUACCCAGCUUAAACCAAUAAUCAGAGGGAGGGAAUUAAAUGCGGAGCACAGAUUUGGCUACAAUUCAGUAUUUCUGUGAAUUUUUAAAGUAACUUUUAAGAAAAUGCAAAGGAAGGAAAAGAGAGUGGAUGAGGAGGUGUGACUGCCUACCAAGAGUACAUCAUUUGCUCGCUGCAAAUUAUGUAAGAAUCUAAGAGAAAGGAGGAAAUUCAAGCCAGCCUGCUUAGUACAUUCAUUCUAAUUCAAUUUCAUUGAAUGAUUUUCAGCUUGUAAAGCUGAGCUUGCAAAGGAGCUUGCAUUUUAGACUCUAGGUAAAAUAUCCCCCUUUAUACUGCCAAUAUAAACACACGUUCCUCCCUUUGCCCUCAGUCAGCUGUAGUUGAUGCAAUCACAUGGACUUUCUGCUAGAAGCCUUUGUUCUUUUGCAGAGCCACUCCUCCGGGAUCUAGGCUCCCUGGUUGGUUACUGUACUGGGUUCUCGUGACCCACAGCAGGUGGAUCUGCGCGGCAGCCCAAGUUAAUAAGCCGCUGAACCAGGGGCAAGAAGGAUAGUAGCAAUUACACAGAAAACUCUGUGAAACAGUAUUUCUCCUUUGAUACUUCCAAAAUGAAAAUUGAUAUUCAUAGCCACAUUCUACCUAAGGAAUGGCCUGACCUAAAAAAGAGAUAUGGAUACGAUGGAUGGGUACAGCUGGAUCAUCACUGCAAGGGACAGGCCAAGAUGAUGAAGGAUGGGAAGGUUUUUAGAGUUAUUCAAGAGAACUGCUGGGAUCCAGUAGUACGGAUUAAAGAGAUGGACCUAUCAGGCGUCACCGUCCAAGUCCUUUCCACUGUCCCUGUAAUGUUCAGUUACUGGGCGAAACCUCAGGAUACUUUAGAUCUAUCCCAGAUGUUAAAUAAUGACUUAGCUGAUACAGUAAAAAAGUACCCCAAGAGGUUCAUUGGCUUGGGUACGUUACCUCUACAAGCUCCAGACCUGGCUGUGAAGGAAAUGCAUCGGUGUGUGAAUGAACUUGGAUUUCCUGGAGUACAAAUAGGAUCUCACGUCAACGAGUGGGACCUGAAUGCGCCAGAACUCCAUCAGAUUUACGCUGCCGCUGAACAAUUAAAUUGCUGUCUUUUUGUACACCCCUGGGACAUGCAGCAGGAUGGAAGGAUGUCCAAAUACUGGUUUCCCUGGCUGAUAGGCAUGCCAGCAGAAACAACCAUGGCCAUUUGCUCCAUGAUUAUGGGAGGAAUUUUUGAAAAAUUUCCUAAGCUGAAAGUUUGUUUUGCACAUGGAGGAGGUACUUUUCCAUACACAGUGGGGCGAAUCUCCCAUGGAUUCAACAUGCGCCCCGAUCUGUGUGCAGUGGAUAAUAAGAUAGAUCCAAGAAAAUACCUUGGUUCAUUUUACACGGACUCUCUUGUCCACGAUUGUGGUGCACUAAGGCUCCUAACAAGUGUAAUAGGAGAGGACAGAGUUAUUUUAGGGACAGAUUACCCUUUUCCACUGGGGGAACUCGAACCCGGAAAACUGAUUGAUUCAAUGGACGAUUUUGACAAUAAACUGAAGGAUAAACUCAAGGCUGGCAACGCUCUGGAAUUUUUGGGUCUUAGCAGGAAGCGAUUUGAAUGAUUACGAAGACAUCCCAGGGGCCAAGCUUCAGAAAUAACACUGAGCUCUUAGGGACGCUUCGACUUGGCACGUGCAAUCGUCCUGUGAGAAAUAAACGUGGUGAGCGCG